ACCCUUCAUCAAUCAUUUGACUUCAAAAAUUCAUUUUAUCUUUUACUUUCACAUCCAUGGCCCUCUCAAACUCUCAUCAUCAUCAUCAUCAUGUUGCACUCUUUUCUUCACCAGGAAUGGGUCACAUAAUCCCAAUUCUUGAACUUGCCAAACACCUUCUCACACACCAAAAAAUCACUAUUACCAAAAUAACCUUAUUCAUUCCUUCGAUCAAUUCUUCAUCAUCCAAAGCUGAGAAAGAUGUUCUCCAAUCAACCAUAAAUCAAAACAUUUCAAUUGACAUAAUCCACCUUCCCCCAAUUGACAUAUCCAACCAUAUUAGUAACAACGUUCUUGAUCCUAAUAAUAUUGUAACCUUAGAGACCAAGAUAGCAAUCACAAUGCAUGAAGCACCAAAACUCUUUGUAAGUGCAAUUUCCAACAUGAAAUUCAAACCAACCAUGAUUAUCACCGAUUAUUUCCUAAGCCAAACUCUUCCUCUAGUGAAGAAAAUGAACAAUAUGGAAGUUCCUAUGUACCUUUUUGCCCCAACAAGUGCAUGGCUUGUUGCACUUGGUUUUCACUCACCAAAGUUAGAUAAAGAGGUGGAAGGAGAAUAUCAUAGCCAUGGAGAGACACCAAUAUUAAUCCCAGGUUGCAAAGGUAUACAUCCUAGUGAUUUGUUCCAGAUGAUGGAGGACAGAACACAUAGGUUGUAUCUUGAGUAUCUUCUCAUGUGUGAGGCGUUAACAUUGGCUGAUGGGAUUUUUGUUAACACAUUUGAGGAGUUAGAGCCUAAGACACUUGAAGCACUAAGAAGUGGAAAAAUAACAAAGGUACCCAUUUUCCCAAUUGGGCCAGUGAUAAGGGAAACUAAUGAACAAAAUAGAAACCAUGUUGUUGAUUGGUUAGACAUUCAAGAAGAAGAGUCAGUGAUAUAUGUUUCACUUGGAAGUGGAUACUCAAUGUCACAUGAACAAAUCAAAGAGAUGGCUAUGGGGUUGGAGCUAAGUGGUAAAAAAUUUGUUUGGUCUUUGAGGCCACCAUCCACAAAAACUGGGAAUAAUAACUAUUAUCUCACAGCAGGUGAGGAUGCUGAAACAAAUAAAAAAUGCCACUCAUCAGUGCAAGAGGCUUCAACUCAGAUGGAUAUUGAAAAGAUAAAUGUAGACGACCUUAUUCUUAAAAGCAAAAGUAGCAAAACAAAUGGUGCUACUAAAUCUCAAGAACCAAGUGAUUUUCCAGAAGAAUUCUAUAGAAUACAAAGCAAUGGGAUUGUUGUAAUGGAUUGGGCACCACAAUUAGAGAUUUUAAAUCACGCAUCAAUUGGAGGGUUUGUGUCACAUUGUGGAUGGAACUCAAUCAUAGAGAGUGUUUCAUGUGGUGUUCCAAUCAUUGGUUGGCCACUAUUUGCUGAGCAAAGGAUGAAUGCAUCAAUGCUACAAGAUGAAGAAGUUGGCAUUGCAAUUAGAUUGAAUGUGUCAAUGUCUACAAAGAUUGUGGGAAGUGAAGAGAUAGGAAAAGCUAUAAGGAAGAUAAUGGAUAAAGGGGAUAUUGAAGGGUGUGCAAUUAGGAAAAGGAUCAUGGAGCUCAAACACAUAGCUCAAAAAGCUUGGUCUCAUCAUCAUGGUUCCUCUUAUUUUGCACUUUCAAGAAUCAUUAACUCAAAUGGUGUGUCAUAAUUUCUCAUUGGAUAUUGGACAAGAAAUCUUUGUUUGUAAAUCAAACUUAUGUGUUUUGGAAUAAAGAAACUGUAGACAAUCCUAUGAUAUUGUUUACUUUACCA